CGAUAUACCCAAAAUGACGCGAGAGCAGCAUUAAUCCGUUAUGCAUAAAUCCAGCAACGUGGGCGAUUGUCGAAUUGUCGUCGUCGUCGUCGUCGUAGGCACGGCCAAUUGCGACUGCUCAAAUACUUUCAAUUGUCGCUUUGUCGCCACCUAAAGCAUGCGUCUCCAACUCCAACUGCCUUGCUUCCCCUUCGCCCACUCUUCCCCCAUUCCCUCCCUCCGUCCCUCAUGACACAUACUCGUACACAGCUGGAAGCAGCUGCAGAGGCCGUGGCCAAAUAUAAAAGCAACAAGACGCUCGGCCCGGCGUUUCUUUUGCCAAGAGACAAUGCCGAGAAGCGUGCUUAACAUACAACACUGGCCAACAGCACGGCUGAGCAGCACACUCACCCUGCUGUCGCUGUUGCUUCUGCUGCUGCUCAUGAACAUGGACACGAAACUGACGACGGCGGCGACGGCGACGGGGACGGCGACAGCCAAGAGACGCUUUCAACCGGCAGUUCCGCCCGCGCCUCGCUGGGGAGCCAACAUGCAAAUGCUGCGACGUCACAACAGCGCCGCCUUUGACUACUGGACGGAGGACAGUGACAGCAACAUUUGGGAGCACUGCGGCCUCUUCGAGGGUGACAUUAUGCUGCACCGUGAAUUCCUGCGCAACGGGCUGCUCAACGAACGACAGACGUGGCCCGAUGCCGCCGUGCCGUUCUACAUUGAUCCUCAGGAUUUCACGACCAACCAGACAAUGGUCAUACUCAAGGGACUGAAGGAGUACCACGAACGCACCUGCAUCCGCUUUCGACCCUACGAGCAUGGCGACAAACAUUGGCUGCUGAUCAAGGGCAACUACUCCGGCUGCUGGUCGAGCGUCGGUCGGCGUCAAGGCGGACAGAUACUCAAUCUCAAUACGCCCAAAUGUGUGACGCAUGGCGUUGUCGUCCAUGAGCUGUUGCACGCUUUGGGCUUCUAUCAUCAGCAGAGCGCCACGGAGCGCGACGAGUACGUGAAGAUCAACUGGGAGAACAUCUUGGAUGGCCAUGCGCACAACUUUAACAAAUACGCGCGCACACACAUCACCAACUUUGGCGUGGAGUACGACUAUCAGAGCGUCAUGCACUACAGCUCGCGGGCAUUCAGCAAGAAUGGCAAUCCCACCAUCGAGCCACUGGAUCCGUACGCAUCGUUGGGCCAGCGACGUGGCCUCUCCGACAAAGACGUCUCCAAGUUGAACGAGAUGUAUGAGCAGGACUGCAACGGAAGUUACCUCUUGGGUUUCGACACCUUUGGCAACUACCUGAACGACCUGAUCGAUUACUUUCAAGGCAAUCUACAGGAUCUGUUCGGCUAGACAACGAUUAUACUAAUGUUUUAUACGUGGAGUACAUUUAAUAAACAAAACAACACAACACACACUUAAGCUAUUGCCUGGACAUUAAAGAAGCUGAACUGACUGAGCUCAUCCAAAGUCUGUGCAGCUUCGAGACGCGUCACUUGACAUGCAUGCUGAUCGGCCAAGGCCUGAAGAGCGCUCUUCAGCUCUUCGUUCCAAAUGCACUGCACGCCACGCAGACUGAAGCGCGCCAAUAGUAAUAGCAUUUGACAGGCGCGUUGGCGCAACAACUGGUGGCGACUCUGCAGCAGAAUUCCCAAACGCAGACGCGGAUUAAACACGAUCUUCUCGACGAGCUCGGCAUUCUCGGGCAGCUCGCGCAAGACGCAGUUAAACAAUGCCAACAUGCAGCUAGCCAGACGCACGGCAUUGUUGUCUUUGAAAUCUGCAGAGUGAAUACAUCAUUACAGUCUCUUACAGCAUGUUGUUCUGUCU